CCGGCGCCACCGUUUUUUGGCAGUCGCGCAUCGAACCUGCCCCAUGGCCAAACGCAAACAGAAGACCCAAGACGAAGUCGAUGGUGACGAUAGCGACGUCAGCCUCGUCGAUGUCGACUUCGAAUUCUUCGAUCCGAAUCCGAAGGUCGAUUACAUCGCCCUCAAGAGGCUCAUCGUACAACAAUUCCAAAGCGAUGCGGAGGCUUUACAAGUGAACGAUUUGGCAGAUCUCAUCCUUAGCCAACCCCUGGUCGGGACGACGAUCAAAUGCGACGGGAUCGAGAGCGAUCCGUAUGCGGUGCUUACGGUGUUGAACAUGCAUGUUCACCAGGCUCGACCUUCCAUACGGGCCAUCAGGGAUUACGCUCUCGCCAAGUCGGGAGCCAAUCCUGCGUUUCAUCAAGCGCUCCAAGGCCUCCUGGGGGAGUCAGGAUUGCAGUCCCAAAAUCACGUCGGACUCGUGUUCUCCGAGCGACUGAUCAACAUGCCCGUGCAGACCGUCCCGCCGAUGUACCGUAUGCUCGAGAACGAAAUCAAGUGGGCCAUUGACGACAAUGAACCAUACCGUUUCACGCAUCUAAUGUUCAUCUCAAGGAUAUACAAGCUCACAGACGCGGAAGCUGCAGAGCUCCAUGCCGACCAACCACGGUCGAAAAAGCACAAGAAUGCCGCAGCUGCGCAGGCGUCUAGCACCGCCAAAGGCGGAUCGUACUCGUUCCAUCCCGAAGAUGAGAUCAUCCAAAAGUUCGCCACGCACGCCAUCGAUUAUUCGUUCACGAACGCGCAACCACGGGACGAGGAGGCGUUUGGACUCGAUACAGGGGGGCGCAUGAUGCUGGUCCCCUCAGACCGAUUCCAGGAGCUCAUCGCGGCAAUAAACAGGGAAUAUGCCGUCCCCCCUUAAAUGCUGACCACCACGGAAAUAUCAAUGUAUG